CUUGCUGUCUCACCAUGACAGCCAGACACAGGGAAAAAGACAGGGAGCAGAUGACAUGGGAGAUCAGGCUAUGCCAUAAGAGAACACACAGUGAAGGGUCCUGACAGCAUAAUCUAUAGACUGCUUUGCCAGAGACCUCUCCACCGCUAAGUUUCAUUGUCCAAACAGCAGCUCCUGGAAGCAAGAGUAAGCACAGUGUGAUCCUUGGGGCUUUUAUCAAAGCUGCUCUUCUUCCUGCAAACUUCAGGAGCUGCUACUGCCAGUACUCCCUCCAGCACCCCUCCCCGUAUCUAUAGCAACUGCAGUACACAGACCUCCUUAAGUGCCUGAUAUGGCAGCAUGUCUGCAGAGCGACGGCCCAGAGAUGUGCACAAGCAAAUCUCAUUUGGGUCAUGCCAAGAUCAGAAAAUGUUCCCUCUCCACCAUGCUCCAGACAGGCUGGGAAUCCAGCUAGCAGCCAUCAGGGGAAACCCACUCCUAGGGCCAGGCUGUUACCUGAGUCAGGAGGAAAGCAGCCUCAUAUACUCCUUUGGAACAAAACCACUGAGCAAGAAAGGCUAUGUGAUAGGAGCCCGAACAGCCCGGCGAUUCAUACCAGAGCAACAGACUGUGACUCCCGGACCAGGUACAUACCAGUCGUUCUGGAAUAAAAAGAGAAAAUGCCAGCCUAACUAUGCUCCAUUUUCCACUAAGACACCACGAUUUCCUGAUAAGCCUCCAAAUAAAGAACUUUUCCCUGGACCUGGAACUUACGAUGCAGACAAACAAUUACACAAAAAGAUCACUUGGCCAAUGAAGUUUGGGUCUCCAGAUUGGUCUUUAGUGCCAAUGCCAGCAAAGAGGAUGCUAAAAACGGAGGUACAGAAGCUGAUCAUGGACAGAGAAUUCAGGAAGCAUCGGAACCGUGUGGCCUACCUGAGUUUAUAUGAGAGCUGAGCCACGGGGUGGCUGCAGCAUGUCAUGUCGGCUCGGUGCAGCAGGACCUGCACUGGGCUCCCAACCUGCCCAUGGACAUGUCUGCCUGCAACAUCCUUCCUCCUCAAAUAAAAGCUGUUCACAGUGGCA